GGCCGCCGACUGGCUCAGCUCUGGUUAAGUUUGAGGCGGAGAGGAGUUCCCGGAAGUAUGGCGAGUUCCAGACAGGAGCUGGAAGUCGAAAGCACAGCUGCGUUCAAGGUGCUAAAGCGGGCGGUGGAACUGGAUUCCGAGUCCCGGUACCAGCAGGCUCUGGUGUGUUACCAGGAGGGGAUUGACCUGCUCAUGCAGGUCCUGAGAGGCACCAAAGAUGUUACAAAGAAAUGUAAUCUCAGAAAACAGAUUUCUAGCUACAUGGAUAGAGCAGAAAUAGUGAAGAAAUACACGGAUCAAGAAAGAGAAGAUGGAAAAUAUCAUAGGCAGAUUAAAAUAGAAGAGAAUGCAACAGGUUUCAGUUAUGAGUCACUUUUUCAAGAAUACCUUAAUGAAACAGUUACAGAAGUUUGGAUACAAGAUCCCUAUAUUAGACAAAUUCAUCAGCUGUAUAACUUUCUUCGAUUUUGUGAGAUGCUUAUUAAGGGACCAUGUAAAGUAAAAACUAUUCAUCUUCUCACCUCUCUGGAUGAAGGUAGUGGGAAAGAGCAGCAAAGUAGUGGUCUGCAAGAAAUAAAAGAGUCACUCAAGAAUCAUGGAGUGCUGUUGGAAUUAGAAUAUUCUUCUUCAGUACAUGACCGAGAAAUUAGGUUUAACAAUGGAUGGAUGAUUAAGAUUGGAAGGGGCCUUGAUUAUUUUAAGAAACCACAGAGUCGUUUUUCCCUUGGAUAUUGUGAUUUUGAUUUAAGACCAUGUCAUGAAACAACAGUGGACAUUUUUCAUAACAAGCACACAAAAAAAAUAUGAUGGGCAGUAACUUAGUUUGCAUUAUAUAUUUAUAUUUUAAGUGAAUUUUGAUUUUUGGGUUUUUUAUUGUUUUUUUUUACUUUGGACAAAUCAUUCCUAUAAUUAUGUAUUUAACAAUAAAUUUUUAUAUUUCUACUAAUUUAUGGAUCC